UGUCUUGCUUUUUAUUUACCGGCUGUUUUUGCAAAGGAAGAAUAUUUUUAUUGAAUUGUCUUAUUUGUAAAAUAUUUUUUGUUAAAUCAUGAACAAGGCCUCGCGACUUUACUGUCCGGCCCUAAUUACACCAAAAAAUGCUGUGGUCAAGCAGACGGAGCAACUGUCUCGCAGCCAAAAGCUCCUGACUGAAUUGGGUUUAAUUAAAUCGGGUAGCAAUGGCACCUAUCAGAUUAUGCCCCUGGCUCAGCGAUCAGUUGACAAGUUCAUUGACCUGGUUCAGAGAAACAUGCAACUGGCCGGAGGACAAAAGAUCACCCUGCCAGUUUUAACGCCCUCAGGUCUUUGGAAAAAGACAGGACGACUCGAUGGAGACAUCUCCGAGUUCUAUAUGGUGAGAGACCACAGUGGCAAGCAGUUCCUCAUGAGUCCAACCCACGAGGAAGCAGUGACUGCCAUGCUUGCCACCAAUUCACCCAUUUCUUAUCGCCAACUGCCCCUGAGGCUCUACCAAAUAGGCCCAAAGUUCAGGGAUGAACUGAAAACACGAUUUGGCUUGAUGCGGGCCAAAGAAUUCCUGAUGAAGGACAUGUAUUCCUUUGAUGUCUCCGAAGAAACAGCCAGGGAAUCGUACUCCAUAGUGAGUGCUGCCUACAACAGGUUGUUCCAGCAGCUGGAGGUGCCUUUUGUUAAGGUAAAUGCCGCCACUGGAAUGAUGGGUGGAAGUUUGUCCCAUGAAUAUCACUAUAUUUCACCAGUGGGCGAGGACACCCUUCUGCAGUGCAGGUCUUGCGGCUUUGCAGGCAACUCCGAGGUCUUGGAAGGCAAACCAGCGUCCUGUCCAAGCUGCAAUAGCUCGAACUUGCAAGAAGUUCGAGGAGUUGAGGUAGCCCACACCUUCCUGUUGGGAGACAAGUACUCCAAGCCCUUGGGCGCCACCUUCCUCAACACCUCUGGCAAGCCACAACCCCUUGUGAUGGGCUGCUUUGGCAUAGGCGUCACCAGGGUCAUAGCUGCAGCUCUGGAGGUGCUCUCCUCCGAACAAGAACUCCGCUGGCCAAGACUCCUGGCUCCGUACGAUGUGUGCUUAAUAGGACCCAAGCAGGGAAGCAAGGAACAGCCUGCAGCGGAAGUGAUUGAGAACGAACUCCUGCUGAAAGUGGGAGAGUGUUGUGGCCACCAGGAGCUGCUCCACGACGACCGCAAGGAUCUGACCAUUGGCAAACGUUUACUAGAAGCCAAGCGCCUGGGACAUCCGCUCACCAUUGUGGUGGGUGCCAAGUCUGCCGAUCUGGAUUCCCCCAAGCUGGAGGUGCACCUCAGUAAAGGGGAGAAACUAGAGCUGGACGUGAACGAAGCCCUCAAACUAGUGGCGGAGCAUAGCCAGCACAAAAAGAGGCUACUUAUGGGCAGCUUUCCCCGAGAAACAGCCGAGAGUAAAAGUCAAUCGGUUGGCCAUCAGCUUUAGCUUUAUGCAAUAAAGUUAAAAAUAACACAAAACCA